AUUUUUGAUUGUGUGUGCGAGUGCUUGUGGCUUCUGACUCGUGGUUGAUAAAAGCGCGCGCGUGAUUAGUUCUAUGCAUUUGUUUUGUGUGCAAUCAGCUAAUUGACAGGCAACUCUUUAUGCUUCAAUUUUAGGUCCAAUUUAAAGCGGAUUUAAAAAAUACUUGAUUGCUUUUUUACCGGAUUUACAAACGAACUGAACACAACAAACGCCAAGCGAUCACUGAGCGGAGUGUUGGGCCUUGUGACUCGUCAGCCACAGCGUCUACAGCAGCAGACGACGCCGACGGCGACGCUGGCAGCGACAACAGCAGCGCUUAACGGUAAAAAUUGCUCACAACUUGACCUAAGACGACAGACGGCAGGGCGUGGCUGGCAAAGCUGGGGUAAUAAACUGGGACAACAACUUUAAAAGUAGCGGCAACAAUGCAAAAUGCGAUGUCAGCAACAGCAGCAACAGCAGUAACAGCAACAGCAGCAACAGCACUGAAACCAAGUCAACAACAGCUUAAAACAUAAUACGCUAAAGGCUUGCAGUAAAGAGGGGAGAAAAGAGAUUUAGGAACAAAACAAAGCAGCAGUCGGAAUGAUGAGAAAACGUUGUUGUAAUUAGUAAACGGAUGGCUGACAAGCAACAGCACAGAAUGAAUCAAAAGCUGAGGCGGAAACGGAAAUGCAGGCCCAAUAAAACUGACAGCCAACAACAGAAGCAGCAGCAACAAGAAGAAGUCAACUAAAUGUUUCUUAGCAGGCGGCAACAACAAUUGCAAAUGCCAAACAGCCAACUGCGAUCAUGUGUGACGUUGAGCAGGCGUUUAAGAGCAAUCAAAGCGACGACAACGAUGAUGAGCAGGACGAACAGCACGCGAAGCAGGAUCAGGAGCAGCAGGUCAGCAAUGAGGCGUGCGUGAAGUCCCCUGUGCUGGCCAAUCGGCAGGCCUCUAAACGCUGCUUGGGUCAGCUCCUAAAGCUGCUGCUGUCCACGCCGGGCUUGGUGCUGUUGGUCACAGGCUACUCGGUGCUCGGUGCUUUAAUCUUUCCACUGCUGGAGGCACCACAGGAUCUAAGCAAAUCGGCGGCCAUAGCCAAGAGUCGUGAGGAUUGCCUGCGUGAACUGUGGAUCAUAACGGAGAAACUCAACGUGCUGUAUGAGCGCAAUUGGACAAUGCUGGUGCACGAGCAGCUGCGUCGCUUCGAGGGCUCCAUUGUGGCCGCCACGCGUCCUGGUGGCGGUGCGGUCGCAGUAGCUGGACCAGGUGCCAGUGCCAGCGCUGUGGGGCAUUUCGGCUACGAUGCUGGCGACACGCAGAGCUGGACGUUUAGCGAGGCUUUGCUCUACUCGGUGACUGUGAUAACGACAAUUGGCCACGGCAGCUUGACGCCACGCACGGCGGCUGGGAAACUGGCAACAAUAUUCUAUGCACUCAUCGGUGUCCCAUUGAUGCUGAUGUGUUUGUCCAGCCUGGGAGCCCUGCUCGCCGAGGCGCUGCAGUGCACCUAUAUGCGGCUCUGCUGCCAGCUGCAACGCAGCCACACAUCUGCCAGCGGAGAAAAGAAGUCGACGAUUGGCCUGACAACGACGGCGACGGGCACUGUGACAAAGCGACGUCAUCCAGCUGGCAAAGGGGCCAACUGUAAGGGCUGUAAGUACGAUGGGGCCAACAGCGAAACGAGCCUGAACGAGCGCUAUGAAUAUGGCCAGAGGACAGCAACAGGAACGACAACAAUGAAACGCAAGUUGUCGCUGGAACAAGGCGAAGAUGCCAGUCAAUUGUUGCGCAAUGCAAUGCCAAGCAAGUUGAAUCAGCAGCAACAGCAGCAGCAGCAGUUUUACCAGCAACAGCAGCCGCAGCAGCAGCAGCAGCCAGAUGUCAUGCUAAUGACAACAACAACGGCUGGCAACGCGUUGCUGAAAUAUGCCCCGUUGCCACAACAACAGCAACAACAACAGCUGCAGCAGCAACAGCAGCAUCAGCUUUACAUAAACGCAUCAGCAACACACGCAACACAGCAGCAUCAGCAGCAAUUAUCGACAGCAACUUUGCCGCGACAACAGCAACAACAGCCAACGAAUUUUGUCGCCGUGCCGAGCAGCAUGCUGCGUUUCAGUGCCGCACCGAAUAUGCCCCUUGCUGCCGCUAGCCCACCAAAUUGCUAUGCCCCGGCCACGGCGACAAUUUACUUUCCAUUCGCUUCUGCAACGGGCAGCCCAAGCCACUGUCCGCAGCCAUUGGUCAAGUAUCACACGAUACACUUGCAAUCCGCUGCCAAGCAACAUCAUCGACUGCUGAGCACACUGGACACACCGCCGGCAGCAACUGCCACGGGACACGGCGUCGACCUGGCGACAACAACCAGCACACUGGAAGCCAUCACAUUGCCGCCGCCACCUGCCUAUCAGACAGCCAAUAUGCAUCCUGUGCGUCGGGCCAAAUUUGUGACGCAGCCGCUGGCGCCAGAAAUCAAUACGCUGCUGACCGUGGGCGCAACGGCAACGGGUUCGAGUGAUUUAUCCUGCAGGCAUGAUUUAUUGCCGCAUGCAUUAUCUGCAGCAGCAGCAGCAGGAGCAGCAGCGACAACAACAGCGGCAGCAGCAACAGGCACUGCAACAGGAACAGGGAUGCCUGCAUUGUUAACCUACACGGCAGCAACAAGCAGUCCGCAACUGUCAGCCGGCAUUAAGGCAACAGCAACAACAGCAGUAACAAUGGCCGAUAACAGUUUUAUAGCCGCAGGUGUAUGUGGCGCUGGCGUCGGUGCAACAACAGCAGCAACAAUAACAUCACCAGCAGCAGCAGUUACAACAACAACUGCAGCAGCCACGUUGUCGGCGCUGCUGAGCUCAAGUGGCAAUGUGGAUAUCAUGGAGGACGAGGACGAGCAGGAGCGUGAACGUUCCAGCAAUUGCCCGCAUGGCACCCCGUCGCGUGUGCCGCUGAUAGCGAGCUCCGGCUGCGGCGCAUUGGGUCUGCCCCAUGAGCUGCCGCUGGCUGAGAAGUCUGGCGCCGGGCAACAGGCGCGCGGUCUGUUAAAUGCCACAGCUGCUAGCUUCAAUCGGCAUACGCUGCAGCCGCUGAAUCGGAAGACACUGCUGCUGACGCGUCGCUGUCAGAAGCAUGCGACAGCGCUGUACGAUGCCACCGCCAACACUGAGACCUCCGACGACGAGGAGUACAUGCAGCAUGGCAGCGAGCAAUUUGUGCUGAAGAAGCUAAAGCCCAGCCGGCCCAAUGGCUCCCUUGAGUGUGUGCAGCACCAGAUGGCGGAUGAUGAGGAAGACGAUGAUGAUGAUGAUGAUGACGAUGAGGACGAGGAGUCACAGCGACAGGUGCCCAUCAGCCUGGUGCUCUUCAUACUAAUGUGCUACAUAUGCGUGGGCACCGUUAUCUUUGCGCUGUGGGAGAACUGGUCACUGGUGGAUGGCGCCUACUUUUGCUUUGUCACGCUCUCCACGAUUGGCUACGGAGAUUUUGUGCCCGCGCGGAGCUUCAAUGGACCCGAACUGCAGCUGUACGCGUGCUGUGCUUAUCUGCUGCUCGGCCUCGUCCUGGUGGCCAUGUCCUUUAGUAUACUCGAGACACAGCUGAUGUGGAAAUGCAGACGGAUUGCGGUCCGACUGAAGCUAACCAGCGAUUGAUCCCACAGCCCUAUCUCUCAUAUUGUGUAUAUGUAUGUGUGACCAGGACACGCUCCUAUUAGACAUAUAGUUGUUAGUGCUAAAUGUAAUCGUAAUAUUGUAAUGCAUGCUUAAUCAAGUGUAUAAUAUAUAUGGUCUCUAAACAGACAUCCACAUGUACAUGCAACUCGUAAGUCUGUUGUCUGCUCU